UGACUCUGUGUAUGUUUACACAAAGCUAGCUCGAAUCAUUUGCUUUUCACUCCACUGUUGUAGCAUUAGAUAGCUAGCAUGCAUGGUUGAUUGUCUAGCAGUCCACAAAGAAAAUAUUUGAAUAUUUCCCUAGGUAGAUAUCUCUGAAAUGGUGCGGUCAAGUUUAGAGCAAAUUCAUCUGGGACCUCAUCUGGCACUGCUUCAAGCAUUUCAUCUGGCGCUGCGUCUAGCGUUUCAUCUGGCGCUGCGUCUAGCGUUUCGUCUGGCACUUCAAGGGGUUGAGUAGCCUACAACAUGUUGAUGUAAAAUGCCACUGUGUGAAAGGGACGUGUGCUAUAUACAAUGGAUUGUCUACGUCCCCACGUUCGUGGUGGGUUUACCCCUCAACCUGGCCACCCUGUGGCUCCUCCUCUUCAGGAUCCGUCGAUGGACUGAGUCCACAGUCUACCUCAGCAGUCUGAUCAUCAAUGACAGCCUUCUCAUCUUUUCUCUGCCCUUCAAGAUAUACGCCUUCGGUCGCACCUGGGGCCUGAGCAUGGGCUUCUGCACCUUCCUGGAGAGCCUGGUGUUCGUCAACAUCUAUGGGAGCAUCGUACUGAUCGUGUGCAUCUCGGGCGACCGAUAUGUUUCUCUGCGGUUUCCAUUCAACGGCAAGCGUCUACGCUCGCCACAGAAGGCUGCCCUGGUAUGCCUGGCUGUGUGGGUGACGGUAUUCGCUUUCACCACACCCGUCUAUGAGCUCCACAACAAAAACACCACUAGCCUGCACAACAACAACGAAACCAGGUGUUUCGAGGGAUUCUCCAGGGAAACCUGGGGGAAGAAAUGGAUCAUUGUCGCCAUGGAGACGGUAUUCACAAUCAGCACUGUCACUAUGUUGUUCUUCUCAGUGCGCGUGAUGCAGAUCCUGAGUGACAUGCGGCGUCGGAACCCGCUGGACAAGAAGGUGAGGGACAACAAGUCUGUGAAGAUCGUCCUGAGCAACCUGGUGGCCUUUAUGCUGUGCUUCAUCCCAUACCACGUGGCCGCAGUCGUCUACUUCCUGGCCAAGAACGGCACAGAGAACCCAGACGUCAUCGACCCCCUCAGAGACUUCGUUCACAUCAGCACCUGUCUGGGCAGUGUCAACUGUCUGACGGACGGGGUCUGCUACUACUUCAUCCUGAAGGAGAACCUGCUGACUGCCAGCCAGGAGAGGAGGAGGAUGUCCACUAGAGGGAACAACGUGGCAAAGCCCAGGGAAAUCAACCAGCAUCUGAUGGACAACAUCAUGGUCAAGGGACCCAGAGAGACAGGAUCAGACAACCAGGUCACUGGAGAUCGAUAGGACUUGCUAGAUAGAUGUGGUUUAUCGGAGUGGAGUGGAGAGCAGGGUGGAGGCGAUUUCCCUGUAGAUGGAUGUAGAUCUAUUACCUCUAUCUGGGAAACGGAAAAUCAGAUCACCACAACAGAGAGGAGACAAGUCUCAUGAAAGACUCUCGAAGAAUGAAUGACUGGUGUUAGGUUCUAAUUCUCAGAAAAAACUCAAAGGACAUUUAUGAAAGCUUAACCAAGUUUAUUCUGCCCAGAGGGUCAAUACAGCUGCAUUCAGAUAAAAAUAUUUUCACACAAGCACUGAUAUUUAACUGUUCCUCAUAGGCUGAGUCUCCUCCUACCCAUCUGUACAAACAUCAUUCUUACUGCUAGGCAGGACACUAGUGAUACGGGCCAUAAACUUGUAUUUCUCCCUUAAGGUGACCUGACCUGACCUCAACGCCCCUCCAUCACUAAUCCACAGCUCUCUCCCCCUAUCAAUGCCUGCCACAUGUAAUCGCUUCUGAUGGGUGUCACCUUGGGGUCAUGAGAGUGGCUGCACCAAAUUAUUGAUAUAUUACAAUAAUUGAUUAUGCUUAUGUUGUAUGAAUAGAAGGGGAAGGGCUAUAAGACGCUCCCCCACUACAUUUAUGGGGUCCUGGACCACAGAUGAGCAAUAUAUUCAUUACAAGGUUUAAUACUGUUCCACAGUUCUUUUCUAGUCUCUGACUCUUAUAAGAAACGGUCUGAGCAGAUAUGUGAGCCAUUGCCGUCAAAACAGAGUGUCUGUGAGAAAGCACCUCAAGGCUAAAAGAGAUACAUAGACACAGACCCCUGCAGGGGAGUAAAUAGAUAGGAGACAAGUCAAACAUACCACUGUAAGCCACACGGGAAUGGAAAAUUACUGCUGGGCUAUAGUUUUCUCCUGCAAGUUUGUAUAACUGUAUAUGCAUUGGCUGGGUCUCAUCAGUAGAAGGUGUUGAUGUAGGCAGUUACAUUACUAGGGGUUGACUGCAAGCAUAUUAAAGCAACUUUGACCUUUCAUAUUUUGCAGAACUUACUCUGAAACAUGCGUGCUGUGUUUCCGUUGUCAACUUCUGUCUGUAAUUGCAUUAAUAAAGGUUUGAUUGAUUUACUUAAAAGAA